UUUCAGAUUACAGGGGACUGUUUGUUCGUUGUGAUUUUUCAUGAACUAGGAUCACUCAAGCUCGCAUCUUUAUCUUCUCGAUGGUUCGAAAAAGUUAUAGAGCUGUCGAAACAGGUUUGACUGUCGGAACUCCAACGCUUUCUAGGAUUAAGGUUAUCGCAACUUGUUUCAGCUGAUGGCUAGAUCUUUCACUGCUGAGAAGUACCUAAAGAAAAUAGGCCUUGGAAAGGAAGACUACUACUUCUGGAAACAAAUAGGCAAAGCACUUUUAUGCACAUACACAGUGUUUGGUGCCAUGUGGUUAUACAAUGAAACAUCCCCACUUGGUUGGUGGACACUGAAACCAGUACCUAAGGAAGAGAAAGAACUGGCUCAUCUCUAUCAGCGAAUCAAUUACCCGUACCCUGGUGACGAGGAGGCCAUGACUGAUUUCAUUGCAAAAGGUGGGAUGAUUGGGACAAUGGUGAGUGCCAAAGGGACCAUAGAGAUGGACUCCUCCGGUCCCAUGAACUAUCAGAAGCAGUUGCAGAAAGACAAGUUCGAUCAGGAAGCACUUAAGUUGUGGUUGAGGAUGAAGAAUGAAGUUGUUCAAGAGCUUCAGGAGAAAGGGUAUGAUUUGGAGUGAUUACCAUCGAUGUUUCAAGUAUAAUAAUAAUGUUGGAUCAUGGAUGAAUGUCUUGAUUUUACUCUCGUGAAGAUGCAUGCAUAGUCGAUUAUUAUGUGAGUUUUAUGAAGUGACUUACUUAGUUGUUAAAUAUUUAAAUGUGUGUUUUGUUUCUUUUUAAUGUAAUGUCCUUGUUCGCUUUAUAUUUAAAGAGAAUCACGAAUUAACUAACUUUCUUGUAUGGCCAUGUCAAAAUAGUUCUAUGUGUUACGUGACUACAGGGGCAUGUAUCAACUUU